AAUCUCUUCCGCGUCAUUCAUUCUGCUAUCAUUCUAACUGUUGAGAAGAACUUAAAAGAGAAAAAAAAUGUCUCCUCGCGGGGCUUCUGUUUUUAUACUUGUCUUCGUAUUUGUGUCGAUGUUAUGUGGCACAUUUUCAAUGCCUUCAUUUGUCUCCAAACGUUUGUGUGAAAACUGUGUAGAAAACAAGCAUACAAAUUCAUGGGACUAUCUCCUCUUUGUGAACGAGUGGCCAGAGUCGUUUUGCAAGUUCUACAAUGCAUCACACGGACAUGAUAAAAAAGCUGAGAAAAAAUGCGUCAUUCCGCCAAGCGUAUCAACUUGGACCAUCCAUGGCACAUGGCCCAAGAAGACAGGCACCAAAGGACCAACGAGUUGCAACAAUACUUGGCAAUUCAAAUUAAGUCAAAUUAAAGAUCUGGUUCCUGUACUGAACAAAACUUGGCCUGGGCUACUGACAGCAAAAGAAUAUUGGAGUUUUUGGUUACAUGAAUGGGAUAAUCAUGGCACUUGUGCAGCUAGUCUUCCUGUUCUGCACGGUGAGCACAACUAUUUUGACAAAACGCUCCAACUGAAGCAACAACAUAACAUUGACAAGAUCCUGAGCAGCAGUGGCAUCAUUCCAUCAUCGACUGUCAAAUAUACUCGGGAAAAAAUCCUGGAGUCUGUCAAGAAUGCUACCGGGGGCAUGCCAAAUCUUAUUUGUUUCCAAGAGAAUCAUGAACAGAGUGGCUCUGACUUCAAGCAAUACCUGCAGGAGAUCAGAAUGUGCUUGGAUAAAUCCCUGCAACCAUUUGAUUGUCCUGAAUCGGAAUGUAUGCACUUGACAAUGGCAUACAGCAGCCCUUGCUCAUCCAAGACACCCAUUGCAUUGCCACCACUCACAACAGGGAAUACAGUGGUGUAGUAAAUGCCGAGUCAAGCAGUAGGCCUUUUAAAGGCAUAUAGGAUUAGGAUCACUUGCAUUCAUCCCACAAUUAACCUUCCGAGUUAUUAACAAAAAGCUUUAAAAGAUUGUACUGGAACUAAACACCCUGUGAAAUUAUUACGUCUGGCUUCUUGUCAUUCAGAUGAAAUCAAGAAAUGCAAGUCAUUUCCAACGAUCAGUCCAUUGACUGAUUUUUGGAAGCAGAGUGUUAAAUAAUUAAGAGUG